AUGUUCCGGGGCCAUCGUGCGUGGUUCUCUCAGAGCGUCAGCCCGGGCCCGCGGGCGCUGUGGGUGGCCGGUGGCGGGACGCUCGCCCACUGGCAGGACGCCGACUUCCUCUUCAGCAGCGAUGCUGCCCACCCAGACACCUGCAGAAUACAUGAGAGCCUGGAUUACUUGGAGUGCAGAGCUACAGUCUUUCACUCCCAUUUCCUCUCUGCCUGGGCAAGCAGCAGCACUGGAGUGAAGUCCUCGGUGGCUCUGGGCCACUUCAUCCUGCCACCUGCCUGCCUGCAUGAAGAAAUCAGGAGGAAAAUCGGUUGUUUUAUUUGGGAGCAGAGGGAUGAUUCGCUUGCAGAACAGCCCAAUGAAAACCUGAGGGAUGACCUGGAGGUGGCAAGAGAAGGCUGUGGGGAAGGAGCAGGGGAAGAAGUGCUAAACCUGACCAAAAGCAGCAAAGAAGCAUCAGCCUCCAGAGCCCCCGUGCUGGGUGGAUUUCCAUACCGUACCCUCCAGGAAUACCCAAUGAACAACAUGGUCACAGGCUACACCUCUGCUCGUGACAUGAAGAAAUACACAGGGGAGCUCCAUGAUUUCACCCCCGGCACCUUGGGCUACGUGGCCUAUUGGGUUCAGAAGGAAAUUAACAUUUCCUCUGACACCAAGGCUAAAAUGAAGAGAAAAUUAUAA